GCUACGUUGAAUAGUAAACUAUGCAUAAAUUAGAAGUUUUCGCCUUUUAUCAAAUUAUCCGCAUCCGGACUUCUUACCCAUCGGUUAUUUCCUCCCACGCAGCACGGUCACACUGCUUGGAUCAACGUCAUCAACACCAUGGAUGUUUCGGCUCUUUCGGGGACAAAUUUUAGUCCUGCGGAGUGGAUAAACGCCAACUACAAGAAGUUUGUGGAGGAGAAUGGACGCGAUGAUAGCGACGCUGCCUCCUCCUUCAUCAAGAGUUACGUGGCCAAACUGCAGCUGUAUAUAUUCAACGUAAACAAUGCUGUGGAGGAGUCCAGUCGGCAGGUGGUGGCCAGCAUGCCAAGGAUCGCUAAGGAGUCAGCUGCGCUGCAGGGAGAUGUACACCGGCUGCAAGAGAAGAUGAGUGCCAUGCGAUUGGAGGUGGCUGCAGUGCAAAGCGAAACCGGCGAAUGCAUGGCCACCUUGGAGCGCUUGAACACCAAAAGCCAGAAGCUCCAAGUGGCCAAGGAAUCGCUGCAGGAGUCGGAUGGAUGGGGAAAUCUACUGGCUGAGCUAGAGGAUGGUUUUGAACGCAAUGAUCUGAAGGGAGUCUGCGAUAAGUUAAUAGCUCUGCAAAAGUCCCUGCACGCCCAGGAGCAGCUGCCAGGACACGCCGAGCGGCAGACCCAAGUGGAGGACUUUAAAAACCGCUUGGAGGCACUGGCCUCACCAAGCGUGGUACAGUGCUUUGCUGAAGGCAAUACGGAGCAAGCCCAGCACUUCGUUCAGAUCUUCACCAGCAUUCAGCGACUGCCGCAACUGCAGCAAUAUUACCGAGCUGUGCAAAAGAAUUUUUGGCAGCAACAAUGGAAGCAAACUCUGGAGCUGCAGGGCACAGAGUCCCAGCCUCAGCAGCAGCAGUUUCUUACCCUUUACUACGAUCAGCUGCUCGAGCACUGCCAACGCCAGGUCAAGUGGUGCUCCAACCUCUUCGGCGAGAACUCUUCGCAGCCCUUCCUGGUUAUUGCCGAACUAUUGCCGGCAUUGCAACCCACACGAGAUGCCCACAUUCUACAGCUUUUGAAGACCUCCAAUGAAAGAUUAGAGAUGCUGUCCGUGUUCGCCCAGGUAAAUCACAGUUUCGUGCUGCAUUUGAACUCUCUUCUCGAGCAGUCGCACAUAACCUUGUCCGAGGAGUUGCAUCGUCUGCUGGGUGAGGCGAUUUUCGAGUAUUUCCACAAGUUUAUCCAACAAUACCCGCGCUUGGAGGAGACCCAACUAUCCACGCAGGUGGAUCGUCUUUCGUCCAACCAGGCCACUCCCAGCGAUGGUGUGCGUCAUCUAGAGGAAAGCACGCGGAAACUCUACGAGUGGCUGAAAGAGGCCUGCGAGCGUUGUGCCUCUAUAACAAGUGAUUUGGCUCUAUGCAAACUCAUUACCUUGCUGAACGGCAUAUUCAAGCGGCAACUGGAGAGCUUUGGACGCAUCCAACGGCAGAUUGGCCUCAGUCUGGGAUCCAGCAGCUAUGCGGCGCAGAGUGAAAACUGGUCACUGUUGCAGUACACCAUGUCCCAGCUGCAAUGCCUGGCAGACUUUCAGGUUCAACUGCAUCAGUUCGAACAGGAUUUGCAUACGCGCAUGGUCAUGCUAGCAAACAGGCUGACUAAGCCAUCCAACCGAGGCCCCAUCACCAUAUUCCAAACCUGCGACCAUGCAGCACGCACCCAGCUGUUGAAUAGCAUAGCUGAUUAUCAGCAAAAGAAGUCGGAGGCGACGGAUAGCCUGGGUAUCUUUCCGCAGAUCUAUGCCACGUUAAAGAGUCACUUUGCCGAUACACAUGACAUAACUCUUAAUAUAUUGCUGCAACCAAUUGAGACGCACUUGGCGCACAUUCGUCCGCCUGUGCAGGAUCACGCUGCGUCGGGCAUCGAUAUGCCCUCCUUCAGUUUUGCCCCGCAGGAAAGCAUCACCCAAAUCGGCCAGUACCUACUGACUUUGCCGCAGCACUUGGAGCCGCUGCUGCUGUCGCCUUCAUCGCUGCUGAAACAGGCUCUGGAGGUGUGCAACAUCAAGUAUACGCAAGCCAUUCCCUGUGCCGACGUGCUACUCUCGCUGGUCGUGGAGCAGUGCUGUGUUCUGUACGUUACGCAAAUACUGCAAAUCAAGUCGCUGCCUUCCUCGGCGGCCACUCAGCUCAGCGUGGAUAUCGAGUACCUGUCCAACGUUCUGGAAGAGUUGGGCUUGUCCAUCAACCUGCAGUUGUCCCAGAUCCUCACGCUGCUGAAGGCUGCUCCAGAUCAGUAUCUGACCCUCAGCAGCGGAUGCGAGCCGCGACUGGUGACCGCCAUUCGGCAAAUGCGCAAUAUUAUAUCUACACAGUAGAUAUCAAAUAGUUAUAUUCAAUAUCCAAACUUAUAUGUAAUAUUAAGAAUGUAUUUAUAUAAACUAUUUUGUUGGCCUACAGCUUAACUAUAGUGAACAUACUUCGGACAUGCAUUCGUACUUAAAGUACAAACAAAGUGAAUUCAAAUGUUUAAUCAAGUGUCCAGAAACUAGAGUCGGCUCAGUUUAGUUUAGUAAAUUGCACAUACUGCGAUCUCACUUUA